AUGAAUUAAAAUAACCUUGACUUCAACAAUAGGAAAUACUAAUAUAUUAAAACUGACUAGAGAAUCUCACUUCUUGUUGAUAUUUUAGUCGAAGGCCUAUCAAUAAAACAAGCUGCAAAGAAGAAUAAUAUUAAAUUCUCCUCAGCUAAAGUAAUUCUAAAGCUUUUCAAACACGAAGGACGUAUUGGGAAACUAAAAGAAAAUUAAUUAACUUAAACGGACAGUGGUUCAUAAUUACAACAAUCAACAUAAGUAAUUGAUCAAAACUCACAAAUCUGCAAAGAUCUUUUGAAAUAAAUAGAUGAUUGUAAAGCUAGAAACAAUUAACUGCAGUAGACGCUGACAUUUUAUAAAUAAAUUAAUAAUUAAUUUAAUUUAGAAUGA